GAACAAGUCGAAAUGUAACAAACAUUUAAAAAAAGCUGCGGGUGAAUAAGGGGUGUGAGUUGGUGGGUGUCGCUGGUGAUGUCACACCUCCCAGACAGCCACGAUUGGACCCUAAUUAGAAAGCUCGGCAGCAAAUAGAUAGGCGUCCUGCAUGAUUGAAUUCAAAGUGGCUGAUGCCAACAUUUCUGCAGAGGCGCGGAAAACUGUCGGGAGAGGAGCGGAGUAGGCAGGGCGCCGGUAUCAGUGCAGCCGGGAGCCGCCACGCCACGCUGCGCUGCGAACAGUCUCUCCGUGAGCCGGAGGCGAGCUGGAGUUUCAGAGGUGAUAUAGGAACAGCAAGACGCGCUCCCCCUUGGUUUGGAGGGAUAAAAAAAAAAAAGAGGGAGAGCCGAAAAUAUAGUCCGAGUCUACGUCAAAAGGACGCUGCGUUAUCAGAGAGCAACGGAGGCAGAAGCGAGACAAGUACAAAGGAGAGUCGAGCCGCCGAGUCCAAGUUAUCCCUGCGCUGCGCUCCAAAGGCUGCGCUGAUGGCAUCCGUACUUGGAAACAACAGCCGCGCGGGGGCUCAGAGCGGCCAGGUCAAAUGCAAGCUGAAAAGGAGAAGGAGGAGACGGUCGAAGAGAAAAGAUAGGAACAGAACAGCGCGCUGGAAAAUCAGAUCCCAACAUCUCCAAGAGAAAGUCAGUAUGCUGUCAGCAUUGAUCGCUCCUUUCAAGUACAUAAGCCCUGGGACCAGCAGCACAGAGGACGAGGACAGUUUAAGUACCAGCAGUGCAGAGGUAAAGGAAAACCGUAAUAUUGGUAAUUUAGAGGAUCGCUCUAUAGGAUCUGCAGAGUGCCAGUCGCUUUUCUGCUCUGACUCUGCAAGAAGUGGGAGCUCUGGUCUGAAGAGGAAACGGCCACUGGAGGAAGACAACAAUGGGCACUUGUGUCAACUCCGCCUGAUCUAUAAGAAACUGUCCUGGUCUGAGGCACCAAAGAAUGCUUUGGUACAGCUCAAUGAACUUCGGCCGGGCCUGCAGUACCGCAUGGUGUCUCAGACAGGCCCAGUCCACGCUCCUGUCUUCUCCAUCGCUGUGGAGGUGAACGGGCUGACCUUCGAGGGUACAGGCCCCACAAAGAAGAAAGCUAAGAUGAGGGCUGCCGAGCUGGCCCUCAAGUCCUUCAUCCAGUUCCCCAACGCUCCUCAGGCCCACCUGGCCAUGGGAAACAUCUCAAACCCUUCGGCUGACUUCACCUCAGAUCAGGCAGACUUCCCUGACACGCUCUUCAAGGAAUUUGAGUCUUCGCCGUGCUCUGAUGGCCUCUCGCUCUGCAACUCAGCAGCAGAGAGCGAGCUACUAUCGAGUGAGCUACUGAGACAUGGACGGUUGCUUCGCCAUACCUUGGACCUGAUGGUGCAGGCUCAGCAGCGGCUGGGUGGAAUUGUUCCAGAGCCAGAGGCCCCCAAGAGCCCCGUGGCGUUGCUCAAUGAGCUCCGGCCGGGCCUGCGCUAUGCGUGCCUUUCAGAGCAAGCUGAAGGCCGACGGCUGCGUAGCUUUGUGAUGGCUGUGCGUGUGGAUGGGCGGAUAUUUGAGGGCUGCGGUCGCAGCAAGAAGCAGGCCAAGAACCAGGCGGCCCAGUGUGCUCUUCAGGCCCUCUUCAACAUCAGGACAGCCCCUGAGGGGAGGAUAGGCCUCAAAGUCAGCAGGAAGAGCUGUCCUCAUUUACCCCAGGACUUUGCCGAUUCAAUAUUCCACUUGGUGAGGGAGAAGUACCGCUCGCUGGUGGGCGGCUGCAGUCCUGCGCACGCUCGACACAAAUCCCUGGCAGGCAUCGUAAUGACCCAAGGUCUGGACCUGAGGCACGCCCAGGUGGUGGUGUUAUCCACGGGAACCAAGUGUAUAAACGGGGAGUAUCUGAGUGACCAGGGACAAGUGGUCAAUGACUGUCAUGCUGAAGUCACGGCCCGCAGAGCUCUGCUACGCUUCCUCUACUCUCAACUUGAACUCUUCUUAAGUAAAAGGCCAGAUGACUGGGAGGAGUCGAUAUUUGUGCGGCGCAAGGAGUGCGGCUACAGGUUGAGGGAUAACGUCCAUUUCCACAUGUACAUCAGCACCUCGCCGUGUGGGGACGGGAGGCUCAACUCGCCCUAUGAAAUCACCACUGACCUACACAGCAGCAGACACCUCAUGAGAAAGCACCGCAGCCACCUGCGGACCAAAAUCGAGUCAGGCGAAGGGACGGUGCCGGUGCGAUGCCGGGGGCCCGUCCAGACAUGGGACGGCGUCUUACAGGGUGAGCAGCUCAUCACCAUGUCCUGCACCGACAAGAUCACCAGAUGGAACAUCCUGGGCCUGCAGGGGGCGUUGCUGAGCCACUUUGUGGAGCCGGUGUACCUGCACAGCGUGACUGUCGGCAGCCUGCGCCACACGGGCCAUCUGGGCCGAGUUCUGAACCAGCGGCUAGAGCGCCUGGGCCCACUGCCCGCCACGCACAGACGCAACCAGCCCCUGCUCAGCGGACUGAGCAAUGCCGAGUAUCAGCACCCGGGGAAGGCCUCAUGUGUGAGUGUCAACUGGACGCUGGGUGAUGCACAGUUGGAGGUGGUCAACACAGCCACUGGACAGAGACGGGACUCAGGGACACCCUCGCGUCUCUGCAAGCACGCCCUGUUCACCCGCUGGAACAGACUGUACCGCAAGUUGGGGAUCCACGUGUCCGGCUCAGUGGACCGCCAGCUCAUGUACUGCGAGGCCAAGAUGGCGGCACGUCCUUACCAGACAGUGAAGCAGCAGUGGUUCAGAUCUCUGCAGGAAACAGGUCUCGGAACCUGGGUCAAGAAACCACCUGAGCAGGAACAGUUCCUGCUGUCGGUCUAAGGAAGAGUGUGUGUGUGUGUGUGUGUGUGCAAGCGAGAUAGAGAGUGUGUGUGUUUGUUUAACCUUUAUUUUUUUAGGGUAAGAUGACUCCAUGCUCUUUACCAACACCCUGCUUCACACCUUCAUACCUUGAAGUUUCCCAGUGCAAUCUCUAAACUCAAGGCUGUCACCACGUGUGUGUGUGUGUGUGUGUGUGUGUGUGUGUGUGUGUGAGUGUCAAUCUGGAUGUGCCGCCCAUCCACCCAAUAAAAAAACGACAAGAGGAAGGUCAACUGGACGGGCUGAAAAGACAAAAAGAUGGACUCUUUCUGUGACUUGCCCUUCUUCAAACGCACAAACACACACGUUUAAGCAAACACACACCUAAAUACCCCCCUCUUCGGCUGUCAAGUAAGGUUGGGGUAACCUUGAGCAGAAUGAAAGGCAGCCGCUAUCUUGUCAUCAGCUAUUUCCGGGCCCCAAGGCCCCCGCUGAGGAGCAGAGCCACGGGGGAGAGAGCAAGAGAGAGACAGAGAAAGAGAAAAAGAGAGAGAGGUCCACGUCCAAUUACCAGCGCUGUCAGGGUGACGGGUGAUAGAGGAAAAGGAAGAGAAGCAAUGGGAAGAGAGAGUGAGGAAAAAAAAGAGGACAGACCAUUGCUUCAGACCAGCCCGCCUCACCUUCCUUCUCUCAUUCUAUCUUUGUCCUCCUUCUCUGACUCACCCUUUGACUCCUGACUUCCUUCUCCUUUUGUCUCCAUCUCUCCCUCCUUGUCCUCUUUCUCAUUUUCUUCCUUCCUCCACCUAUUUCCCAUGCCACCUCUUUGUCAUUCUCUUCUUUGCCUGCGUCUACAAACCCCGCCUCCCCCCAGCCCCCCAGCCCCCGCCUUUAAUGCGCGGCAGAGGUUAACACGACACAAUGAUAAUACACCCUGUUUUUUUUUCUCCCCUCCUCACCUUACUGGGUAGAUAGGAGACGAAUCGAGGCUAGGUACAUAAACGCAGCCAUUACAGCUUGCCUAAGUACAGGUGGAGGUGAUGAUGGAGGAAGGGGAGUGGUUUCCUGUUUUUUUUUCAUACUAAAAUUAUUUCCUUUCUCUUUCUGUCUUUUGACCUGGAUGACCUCAGUUUUCAGCCUGUCGUGUUUCCUUACAUCUGAAUUGAAGCUUGUUGUCACCAAUAAGAGUAUCGGUCGUGACUCAUUAGCGAGGCCUCGUUGACCUGAUUGACGUGUGCUUUCUUUCUGUGGUCAUGACCGCCCUGAACAGAUAACAGUCAAGUUUUCUAAGCCCACACCACCUCACUAUCAGCACUGUGGUCGACUUGAGGGAUUUUAUUUUUAAACGCCAUUUUCGACAGAUUUAAACACAAAACCUUCACAUGCAAAUUAAAGGUUAAAAAUCAGCGAGGUAAAUAUGGAAAUCCCUGAUCACCACCAUGUACAUUUGUACUUACACUAUUUUUAUGUCUCUGCAUAUUUCAUGAUGUAAACAUACACACUGUGUGUGAUUUUUUUUUUUUAAAUGCAGCUAAGUGUUGAUAUUCAUUAUGAUCAUGACUGUGUUGUUCUGUCAUUGCUGUAUUCUCUUCAAGGAUAUUAGUUGAGGCAUCAAACUGCCAGCAGCAUGGCUCAGUCAGCAGUAAAAUCUAAGUAGUGAGAGUGACAUCUAGUGGUGUUCUUCUGUUGUUGUUUUCCUGUCCUGCUCCUACUGAGCCCCUGUAAUGGCAGCAUUAUGUGAGGAUACAGUAUCAAAUCCAAUUGUUGACUGUCUAGCCGAUUGAACUGUAGAAUAAGACCUUCAGUGGACAUCAGUGUGUGAGGAAGAUGUUUUGACACACAGGCAGAUUUACACAAGAGAGAACUUGACCCACAUGUAACCUGCAUCUGGCUUCAAAUUUACUAGGCAAAUGUUUACUAAUUGAAUAGGUCUUAAUAGGUCUAGGGUAUUGGCCAAUCAGUAUUGCUCAGUUCUGCAGAGCUGUAAAUUUAUUAUUGCUUCUUUUUUGAAAGUUUUAGAGACCCUGACAACUUGGUUUUAAAUCUUAAAGGAGCAGUGUGUGGGAUUUAGUGGCACCUAGUGGUGGAAAUGGCAGUUUGCAACCAUUUGACAACCGCUUGCCUCACCCUCUCCUUCCUUCCAAGCGUGUAGGAGAAACUACGGUGGCCGCGAAACUCGUGAAAAAUGCAAAAGGCCCUAUCUUGAGCCAGUGUUU